UCAUCAAGGCAGCCUCCGAGUGCUACAGCAGCGGAAAAAGCGACCAGUCAUUCAUGCGAGCGCGAGCGUCUCCGUCAGGUUACUAUGCUACCGUCCUGCCGUGUCUCGCGCCGAUGCUACCUGAGGGCGUCCUUUAUUUCGGGAGAGCACCGUUUCAAGGCUGUGUUCACAGCGAACAACUUUCACAGGAGUCCUCGAAUUAUGCUGAAGUUUGAAAGUAAUGCCCGAGGAUGCUAAGUCGGCUGGCAAGCCCUCGUUGUCCGAAGGAGCGCGCGUCCUUUGUGCUUUCAUUCCUCAGUUGCUGCCGUGCUGCUUUGUCUUCAAUUUAAAGCCGCGCGAGACAAGCGGUGGUCAGCCACGUGGAGACCAGUUAGAGGGUGAGUUGGUGAAAAUGAGCCUGUAUGGAGCCAACAGAGGAGGACCCCUGGAUCACACCAGAGAGAGACGACGGUCUGGAGAUUGCUCCAGGGACUCUUCACAUGAGAGGGGUGAAGGACAACUGACUCCAUGCAUUAGGAACGUCACUUCACCCAUAGGCCAGCAUCUCAGUGACCGCGAUCGGGAGUCUGGUUGCUCAUCACGCUCCACGAGUCCCAGGCCUCAGAAAGCAUGCACCUCCAGCUUGUUCUAUGGCAACUCCUUUGGCAAAACCCAAAGCUCACCUGACAUGAUCUACGUGUGCGAAAAGGAGGGCCCUCGCAGUUUCAGGACAGCCGAGAGAGUUACUCUGAUUGUGGAUAACACACGUUUUGUUGUCGACCCAUCCAUCUUCACUGCCCAACCCAACACCAUGCUCGGCAGGAUGUUCGGCUCUGGAAGGGAACAUAACUUCACGCGUCCUAAUGAAAAAGGCGAGUAUGAGGUUGCAGAGGGAAUCAGCUCCACUGUGUUCAGAGCUAUUUUGGAUUACUACAAAUCAGGGUUAAUCCGCUGCCCUGAUGGGAUCUCCAUCCCGGAGCUGAGAGAGGCAUGUGACUACCUUUGCAUCGCCUUCGACUACAGCACCAUCAAGUGCAGAGACCUCAGUGCACUCAUGCACGAGCUGUCUAACGAUGGCGCCCGGCGGCAGUUUGAGUUUUAUCUGGAGGAGAUGGUGUUGCCUCUGAUGGUGGCCAGCGCUCAGAGUGGAGAGAGGGAGUGUCACGUGGUCGUGCUGACCGACGAUGAUGUGGUGGAUUGGGAUGAAGAGUAUCCACCGCAGAUGGGAGAGGAAUACUCACAAAUUAUAUACAGCACAAAACUGUACCGGUUCUUUAAAUACAUUGAAAACCGAGAUGUUGCCAAGUCAGUUCUGAAGGAAAGAGGACUGAAGAAAAUUCGAUUAGGCAUUGAAGGAUAUCCCACUUACAAAGAAAAGAUAAAGAAGCGACCCGGUGGGCGUCCAGAAGUCAUUUAUAACUAUGUCCAGAGACCCUUCAUCCGAAUGUCCUGGGAGAAAGAGGAAGGCAAAAGCCGACACGUUGAUUUCCAGUGUGUGAAAAGCAAGUCCAUCACCAACCUCGCCGCAGCCGCUGCAGACAUUCCUCAGGACCAGCUCGUGGUCAUGCACUCUGGGCCUCAGGUGGAUGAACUGGAUAUCCUCCCUAACCACCACCCUCAGCCCAGCCAUCAUUACGACCCUGAUCCCGAUGCCUCGUCCCCGGCCAUCUGACCCAAACACACAAACCCGCUAACCACCACCUCAGUCCAAUAACUGCCACUGAGCACUGCAGAGGGAGGUCAGCCAAGUCCCGCUGCCAAGACCGCAUUGCCUUUCUUCAAGUCCUCUCCAGCCUUACAAGUCAUAAAGACCUGAUUGCUGCGGCAGCAGAAAUGUGAAAUGCCCUUUGUAUACUAUGCCUUUCUUUCCCCCAAUAGAACUCAACCAAAGGAGGUGUUUUUAUUUAAUUAGGCACACAGAGUGAAUAAAAGAAACUCUAUCAGUAAUCACUCCUUUGGUUAGUACUAAAAGUGUUUGAUUGUACUAUGUGGUGCUGUGUGGCCACUGCAGUUUGACUUAGCAAUAAAUGGGAGCACACUAAACCCAUGUCUACAUUGUAAGCAUGUAGGGUUUGGCGAUAUAUCGAGUUUUGGCGAUGCUUGUGCUAGAGAUAUAAAAUUAAGCAACAUUGUGAAUAUUUUGAUAAUUUUAUUUGAUCAUUAAGUUUUCCAAAGUCCUCAUCAUUAGGCUAGUUUCACAAUCAUUCAUCUCGCAACAUGCAAAUAUGAAAGCAUUAAAGCUGAAGUAACUUUUUCGAUGAUAAAAUGCUUUCUCCCAUCCCAACUUAAUAUGCAUAGACGACUAUAAAUAAGCCAUUCAUAGGUUAAUUUUCUUGAAAACUGUGAACACUGGUGCUAUGAAAAUACCUCUGACCUGUCUUUUGAGACACAACAACAUUGACUCAACCAAUGGUGUGAGUUGGGGCUGGACUAUGUGUUUGUUUGAGCAGCCGCAGACGGGGGGCGUAUUUAGAAAGCUGUUUUUAUAACAAUGCUUAUUUUUGCAAUUCCGUUUGGUGGUGCAGAUAUUACACAGUUCAAAUUUAAGAUGAAGAUGUUUUAAUUGCGUUUAGAAUUCCACAAAUUCUAGUAAACUUGACAAUAUAGUUGUAAGUUUGGUUCAUUUCUUUGAAUCAGUCCAAACUGUCCAUUUCAAUGAAUUUAUUCAAAUCUCUGAUUCAACGAUUGAUGGCAUAAAGCAUUUCAAACUGUCCAUUUUUAUUUUUUUUCUCCCCCUUUUCACCAAGUCCUCGUGGUGGCGUAGUGGCUCGCCUCAAUCCAGGUGGCGGAGGAUGAAUCUCAGCUGCCUCCGCGUCUGAGACCGUCAGCACGUGCAUCUUAUCACGUGGUUCGUUGAGCGCGCUACCACAGGGACAUAGCGCGUGUGGAGGCCCACGCCACCCACUGCGGCAGCUAAGCACAACUCACCACGCGCCCCACCGAGAGCGAACCACAUUAUAGCGAUCACGAGGAGGUUACUCCGUGUGACUCUACCCUCCCUAGCAACCGGGCAAAUUUGGUUGCUUAGGAGACCUGGCUGGAGUCACUCAACACGGAAUUCGAACUCGCGAACUCCAGGGGUGGUAGUCAGCGUCUUUACUCGCUGAGCUACCCAGGCCCCCCCAAACUGUCCAUUUUAAUGAAUUGAUUCAAAUUUCUGAUUUAACAAAAUGUUUUGGUGAAUAAUUUAAAUUCAAUUUGUUUCAGUGAAUUGAUUUAAAACUGAUUCAACAAUUAAUUUGCAUCAAUCAUGCAGUAACAUUCAUGGAAGUCUCUGUGUGCCAUUUUUAGUACAUUAAAUGUUUUAGUAAUAACAUGAAGGUAAAUAUUGUUGUUACAUAAAUAGACAUAUAUUAUAGUGUGUGUAUAUAUAUACAUACAGUGUAUAUAUAUUACCUAUAUUGCCCAGCCCUACAUGCAAGCAAGUGAAGUGACUUGACAAAGUUAGAAUGGCCGUUAUAAUCAAUCCAGCUGCCUACAUUGCAGGUGUACAAAGUCACACUUCCGUUAUUAUCAACAAGCUGUCUACACUGCAAGAGCACAAAGUUCUUUUUAUAAUGGGAAUACUCUAGUUUUGUCACAUUGUGAACUGCAUAGACGGGGUGUAAUGGAGCACCCAUGGAGCCUCACUGUGAUGCAUGGCCUUUGAAUAAGUUAAACUGAAGUGAUGUCACAUUUAUAUUGUACUUUUCAUUUUAUAUGACAAUAAAAGUGAUUUGAUUUGAUUUGAUUUAUUGUUAUUUGUAGCUGGGGUGCUGCAAAAGACACUAUUGAUAUGUACCUCUUGUGUACUGCUUGAGAAAUGUUAUUUUAAUAAACAUGAUUAAACCA